AUGGCUGCUAUCUGGGGUAAUGGAGCCCAAGGGGGGCAGUUUCCUCUGGAGCAGUGGUUCUAUGAGAUGCCUCCAGUGACUCGAUGGUGGACAGCGGCCACGGUGGCCACCGCGGUCAUGGUCCAGUGCCAUAUCUUGACCCCGUUCCAGCUCUUCUAUAGCUUCCGCGCGGUCUAUGUCAAGUCUCAGUACUGGCGCCUAUUCACAUCUUUCCUCUACUUCGGACCGCUAAGCCUCGACCUCCUCUUCCACGUCUUCUUCCUGCAGCGAUACUCGCGCCUCCUCGAGGAGUCAUCCGGCCGGUCCCCAGCGCACUUCUCCUGGCUGCUCUUCUACGCCAUGGUCUUCCUCCUAUGCAUAUCGCCGAUCCUGUCCAUGCCCUUCAUGGGCACCGGGCUGUCCUCCAGCCUCGUCUACAUCUGGAGUCGCCGCAACCCCGACACCCGCCUCAGCUUCUUGGGCUUGCUGGUCUUCACGGCGCCCUACCUCCCCUGGGUGUUGAUGGGCUUCAGCCUGGUCGUCCACGGAAUCGUGCCCAAGGAUGAGUUCUGCGGCGUGGUCGUCGGCCAUAUUUGGUACUACUUCAAUGACAUUUACCCUGACCUGCAUGGCGGCCGCCGCCCGCUGGAUCCGCCUAUGUGGUGGUUGCGUCUGUUUGACCGCGCGGCGAGCGGCUCGGGGGCUACCGAUGUUGAUAGGGAAAUUGCCACUGCUGCUGCGAGGGAAGUCCGGUGA